UCACCAGAAGCAGCUCCUGCUUCAAAAAUACAGUUCAUACCACACCUGAGUAUAGUGUUUCCUCCCAGCGCUUGUACUUAGCUGUGGCUCCCUCUUGUCCUUCUAAAGUGUCAUGCACUUGUUUCUGGUCAGCUGGUUGAAAUGCACAGGCAUAUACUGUAUAAAAGACACGUGUAUAAUAGAUGUAUGUGUGAAAUUUGUUGCUUCGGUUACUUGUAAGUUGAUGUGAUUUGGAUGGACGCAUUUACUAAAUAAUAAAUGUUAAUUGCACACACUGUAGCUUGCCUGUUGUGCGCACUAUUUUUCACCCCCCUCUACCCCAUUCACAGGACGGCCACUGAGCUUGUAUUCUUUGACCGAUGGACCGCUUUCGAUGAAGUAGUGAUAUUGACAUGGCAGCAUCAUCGUGUGUGUGUGCGCGCUGGGGGUUUGGUGAAAUCAGCUGCAGCUACAAUGUUAGUUAUUGAGCACAGUGCUAGUCCACCUUGUAGGUCUACAAUUGGAGACUGUACCUAACGUCAGCACAGAUUGAUUGAGCUACAACUUCUGGCCCUUUUUGGACUAUUUCUCAACACAGCCCUUUUUGGACCAUUUCUCAACACAGUGCCAUUGAAGUGUUAAAACCCAACAUCACUGCCUGGUUCAUUCAAAAAGUGCAGCACACAUGAGCAGGCCCCAAACCGGAAAUGAUCCCCAAAGAACUGAUCGACAGGUACCGGAGAGGAAAGACUCAUCCUGUGUCUUUCCUCUACCAGCUUUCGCAGGUGCUACAGUUCCAGGUGGAGAUGAAGGAGACAGUAACGACAGGAGGAGUGAUUGGUUUCUACUUUGCAUUCUGUGCUGUGAUUGACGGAGUGCAGUAUAAAACUGGCAUGGGUAUCAGUAAGAAAGAGGCCAGGGUCAGAGCAGCUCAGUUGGCCGUGGAGGAGCUACUGUCUAAUCUGGAGAAUGAUGCAGUACAGCCUGAUGCUUUGGCAGGUCCUCCUCCUCUACCAGUGAAAGAGCAAAACUCCCCCGCCUCAGACGCCCGUCCUGGAAGGGCCAUGUUUGAAAUGAAAAAUCCUGUUCAAGACCAGGUUCCCAGUGCUGUUAAGGAGACGUUCUCCAGGCUGAUGGACAGUUCUCCAGAGUUCUCGGGCUGUGGUGGAACAGUAGCUGCGUUUGUUAUUCAGUCUCCAACUGGGUGUGAAGUGGUUGCUCUUGGUACAGGCAACUAUAACACAAGUGAGAGUCUGGCACCUAAUGGACGCGUCGUUCAUGAUUCUCAUGCUGUUGUGACUGCACGGAGAUCACUCAUGAGGUAUCUGUACAGGCACCUGUUACUGUUCUACAGUAGGAAUCGCUCUCUGCAGGAGAAGUCAGUUUUUGAGUUGGAUGAGGACACCAAACUCUUAAGUCUGAAGAGCCACCUAACCCUUCACUUGUACCUCAAUCAGCUGCCCAAAGGAGCUGCCCAGAUACCCUCUCACCUUCGUCUAAGCCCUCUGUCCAUCUCAGCAUGGGAAGUAAAUAAUCAGAUUGGUCUACAUGUGACUGUAGAUGGAAAGGUCUUUUCUGUGUUCUCUUCUACACUCGACCAAAGCGGUUCUCGUAUCAUCAGUAUGUCGGCUACUGACAAAAUCACACAAUGGCAGACUUUGGGUUUCCAGGGCGCACUACUGAGCCACUUCAUCGAGCCCAUCUAUGUCAAUAGCAUAUUCAUAGGUAAUGAAGGCUGCAGUGAUACACGUGGUAUGGAGGUUGCAGUAAAUCAGAGAGUAGAUGGCAUCACCUCCAAGUUGCCCAUGUAUUACUGUUUGUAUCGGCCACAUAUUAGCCUGGUGCCCUCUGUGAUCCCCAUAGACGCCCACAGCACCCAGAGGACUCUCAGCCUCAACUGGAGCCAAGGAGAUGUUUCCAUCGAGGUUGUAGAUAGCGUGGCGGGAAGAUCUGUGAAGGAGUCUCCCUUUAAAAGUGGUCCUGCUCUUGCUAGUCGUCUGUGUAAAGGUGCCAUGUUGAGUCGUUUCAACUUUGUAGCGAAAGAGGCACAUAGAGAGGAUUUGCUAGCUGCUGUGUCCUACAGGGAGGCCAAGAUGAUGGCGAAACCGUACCAGGAGGCAAAGAGCGUUCUGAAGUCGUACUUUGCCAUGAAGGGCUACGGACAGUGGGUUGAGAAACCACCUAUCAGCGAUCACUUAACAAUGUGAGACCCAAUCUGCAGAUGACCGUCCUAGCUCUGAGGCGCCUUCGGAAGAAAGGUUUAAACACUCAGCGACAGUUUGCAUUUAGCAUCAAAAAGGAAAUAAGUGUUGUAUCUUUAUACUCUUCACAUUUUCAGUUAAAAAAAGAAAAAGGGAAAAAAAUACUGGUGGAAUUUAAAAGCAGUUGCAUGUGAGAGACACAUGAUUUGUUGUGUUUAGUCAUAAGGUUCUUGUUUUUUUUGUUUUCUUUUCCUCUCAUAUUUUUACUUGGUGCUUUGUGAAUGAGUGAUGAGUGGGGCUGGGCUAUAUGAAAAUGUAACAUCAGUGCUGUAGUACAUCAACAUCAUGAGGUACUUUAACAGUUUCCUGAUUAUUUUCAUGUGUAAGUGCUUUUAUACCCUCAUUGUUUGAUUAUAUUCAGUUAUUGAUUAGUUUUGGACUAGUUGAUUUAUUUUCCACCUUUUUCCUGGUUAAAUUCUUCAAUUAUGUGUUGAAAUAAAAUAAAAAUAAAAAAACACGCACACAAAAAACUCUCCACCUGUAUGAAAAUGUUUUUCAUAAUAUGGCUCUACAUAUUGUGUAAUGUACCAUCUGAUAUUUUCACUUACCAAUUGGCCUUUCUUUACCUUUAUAUUUAAGUUUUUGGUCACUGAAGGAAAAAUGUUAGCUUGUAUGCUGCAUCCUGUAACAGGAAGUUUACAUUUCCACGAUAUUUCACAAAAAGUGAAACUCUAUAUUAAAAAAAAGCUUGAUAAAUAAUACAAAAUAAAAUGUAAAAAAAAAAAGGUUCUCAGGUUAACUGACAUCAUGUCGUUUUAGAUUUCACAAAUUCUUCAGAUAUUUCAGUUAAAGUUCUGUUUAAUUUCAAGUUUGUUUUUUAAUCACCAAGGUAAGUAAGAUAGUAGUGAUGUAGGUGUUUCUUUAUGAAGUGGUGUUGCUAGUUUCGAAAGGUUAGGGUCUGAGGAGAGCGCGUCCUCUCUUGUUACUAGUAAUACACAGGAAACCUCGACAUCCUGUCAAAAGUGAUACUGCAACUAGGUGCCUUCAAUAUUUGUAUGUGUGAAAGAUAGGAUCAUAAUCUUACUCUUGAAGUCACUUUUUUGCUUGCAAGGGAAGAAGAGUUGGGCAUGCACAGGUAGCUUUGAAGAUUAUAGUUAUAUUUAUAUGUAUAAUAAAUGAACGUUUUUGCUGUAUAACCAACUUGAGCUUUUAUUCCACAGGCCUGUGUGAUUUUGCUUUACGCAUGACAUUUACCUUCAGCUUAGUACCUGCUGUGUGUAUGUGUGCAGAGACGUGGGAAAUAACCAGCUUGGGCAGUUCUCAUAGUAAUGGUUUUACUCGUGAUGUAUUUAUGUAGCUCAAAAAUGACUUAACGCUUUAGUGGCUUUAGUCGAUCUGGAAAAUAAUCAGAUGUAUGAGAAAAAUGUACUUUUUUUUUUUUGCUGCAAAUGUCUAUUAUAUUAAUGUUAGUAAAAGCUUUAAGAUCAUCAAA